GAAAAGUGAACAAAUUUUAUAGAAACGUUUGCGAAUUUUAUAGUGGUGAAUCAAACAAGUUUUAAGUGUUUUUCCAACAAAGAAACUCAGAUAAAUUUUCUUCGAAAUGGCGGAAGACAGGGAAGGAGGUGACAUCACAGCAUCCGAUAUGCUUCUUCCGGAUGAAGAACCCAGCGAGAUGAAGAAUUUCUACGAGGGCUCGGCGGUGUUUUUGACCGGAGCUACGGGUUUCGUGGGAAAAAUGAUGCUGGAAAAAUUGUUGAGAGCCGUCGACGACAUAAAAAUUUACAUUUUAAUACGACCGAAGAAAGGGAAGGACACCAAACAGAGAUUCGAAGAAAUUUUUGAGUCCCCACUUUUUGACCCCCUAAAACGCAAACGCUCCGACUACGCAGGCAAAGUGGAGAUGAUUUUGGGCGACUGCGGCCUGCCCAACCUGGGAAUAUGCGCGGAGGACACGGAAAAAUUAUGCGCCAACGUGAACACCAUCAUACAUUGCGCAGCCACUGUCAGAUUCGAUGAAAAAAUCAAGCAAGCCGCGCACAUCAACGUGCGAUCCAUCAGAGAUUUGUUCGUGAUCGCCAAACAAAUGAAACAAUUGAAGGCGUUGUUGUAUGUCUCAACAGCUUUUUCAAACUGUAUUAGAAAAGAUAUAGAUGAAAUAUUCUACGAACCUCCAAUAACUGGUGAAAAACUACUGACCCUAGUUGACUGUUUGGACGAUGAAAAAUUGGACCUCAUUACACCAACGUUAAUAGGAGAGUUUCCUAAUACGUAUGUUUUUACAAAAUCAGUAGCUGAAAACGUUGUCAAAGAGGAGGGAAAAAAUUUACCAGUGGGAAUUUUAAGACCUUCUAUAAUCAUCGGUUCAGCAAAAGAGCCUGUCGCUGGAUGGAUAGACAAUUUCUAUGGUGCCACAGGGGUCUUUUACGGGGCCGCUCUAGGACUUAUAAGAACAUUGCAUGGUAAAAAAGAAAACUGUGCUGAAUUGGUACCGGCAGAUUACGUGGUAAACAGCGUCUUAGCAGCGGCAUGGGAUGUAGCAACAAUGAAGACUUUAAAUGACAACAAGGAAACUCAGGAUAAAAAUGACGUAGAUGAAAAAUUCCAGGAAGAAAUCCCUAUAUAUAAUUUCGUUUGCACACCGGAAAGACCUAUAACCUGGGAAAAAUUCGAAGAACUAAAUUACAAACACGCCAUACAAAUACCUUCGGAAGUUUGCAUUUGGAAUUAUUUCUUCAAAAUGAGGCCAAGUUUAUUUUGGCAUACAUUGGCCCUAUUUUUCUUGCACACAUUACCGGCCCAUAUCGUGGACUUUAUCGCUAUUUGCAUUGGAAAAAAGCCACAGUUGGUAAAAGGGUAUCAAAAAAUCAACAAAUUUUCAAACGUUAUCUCAUACUUCACGAUGAGAGAGUGGAAUUUCAAGAACAACAACAUACAAAAUCUUUGGAAGAAAAUGAAUACAAGCGAUCGAAAGUUGUUCGAAUUCAGCAUGAAAGAUUUAUCAUGGGAUGCCUAUUUUUACACAUAUGUCAGAGGUGCAAGAGUAUAUUUAUUAAAAGAUCCAUUGGAUACAGUAUCAAAGGGACAAAUUAAAUAUUACAAACUUAAAGUUGCUCAUUAUGCUCUAUGUACUGUUUUAUUCUAUUUAUUCUAUAAACUAACAAUGUUCAUAGUAAAUUUUAUUUUCUAAAUAAUGUUUAACCUAUGAAAACUGCUCUACCUUUAUUAUAAAUGCCAUGAUAUUAAAUAUUUUAUGGGUAGUUCGUAGGUUUUAUAUUAAUUUAUUGUAAAUAUGUUAGUUUUAUUUAUAUUUUUGCAAAUAAAGACAUCUAUG